CCCGGGGAGAAACUGCCUUUUGUACGCCUGCUCCGCAUCGAGAGGAGGCGGGCGGUGCGUCGGUUCCCGGGAGAAAGUUGCGCUUGCGAGAGGCUUUGCGGGGGAGGAGGUGGCACACAGCCAGGAAGAAGCGAUGGCAGACUGUAACUUGCUGGGACUGGGACCAAGAGGAAAGCAGGCUGAAAGAGACCCCCAUGACUCCCAAGGACCCCCCGCCAAUGAGAUUUCGGCUGGGGCAGCUUCCCCACAUAACCUGUCUGAGGGGCUGCGACAGCAUCAGGAGACUCAGGAACAGCAAAAGGCCUCAAAGUCAGCACCGUCUCCUUACUCCGUGUGGAGGCCGUCGCGGCUAUUCGAACCCGUGUCCACGGAGGAGAGAAAGGAAUUUAAGGCCACCUACCAAGCAAGGAAAGACGGCGGCUGGCUGCCCAGAGGAGGGCCCACCAUUGCGAUGCAGACCUUGCCUGUUCUUUGCGGGGGAGCGCGAGAAGAGACCUACGAAGGCUCGGAGGUUUCCAGGCCAUUGAAAGGACCGAUUCCAGACGAGGACGAUGUUGACUGCUUGGAGAUCCACCGCCAGCACUUCCGCCAUUUCUGCUAUCAGGAGAUUGAGGGGCCCCGGAGGGUCCUGAGCCAGCUCCGUGAACUCUGCCGCCAGUGGCUCAUGCCGGAGAGGCACACCAAAGAGCAGAUUGUGGACCUGGUGAUCCUGGAGCAGUUCCUGACCAUUCUGCCCUUGGAGAUGCAGAUCUGGGUCUGCAAAGGCGGCCCGGCCACCUGCACCCAGGCGCUGGCCCUGGCCGAAAGCUUCCUCUUGAAGCUGCAAGAGGCUGAGAGUCACGAACGAAAGGUGUCCGGACUAGUGGAAGAGGCGUUCGUUAAUUCACCACCAUCGGAGCAGGAUCCGUUGGAGACCGUGAUGCAGCUCUCUACAGAGAACGAAGAGGAGGAGGAGGAGGACGAUGAUGAUGAAGAGGAGGAGGACGAGGAAGAAGAGGAGGAGGCCGUUUUGCUGGAACAUGAAGAGCAUGGGCAGGAGAACCUGGAGAAGGAGGAAUCGCUUAUAGAGAAACCCAGGCUUACCGAGUGGGGGCUGGCGCUGGACCGAGGCGGUAAAGGGGCCUACCUCCAAGGUCCUGACAUGGAAGCAAUUCUCGGGAAUGGCCGGGAAAACGUCCCCGGGAAGGCUUCGAAGCAAGCUGAGAGCGACAAAGGCUUGCGGGAGAGGAGCCUCCAAGAGGAAGUUCUCCAGCAGAAGAGGACGAAGGCAGGCUCCGAAAACGGCCUGCGCCUCAGCUUCCUGAAGAACCAGAAGACACAAACGGUGGACAAGCCGCGCCGAUGCCUGUCCUGUGGGGAGCGCUCUCACAAGAGGUCGUGCUUGGCCAUGCGCGAGAGAGCCCCAGGUGGGGAGCAGCCCCGCAAGUGCCUCUCCACGCUGCGGCGCGACGAAGGCCUCCGUGAGAGCCAGGAGGGGAUCUGCCGCUGGAAGGCCAAGAAGCGAGGAGGUGCAGGCGGUGACUGGCGGCAGCAGUUCCACCACCUGAGCGCCGACAGCUGGCGGACGCAGAAGGGAGAGAAAGCGGCAAAAGGCUCUGCAUGCAGCGUCGAGAGGGUCCCCUGGCGCGCGGCCUUCCCAAAUCGCGAGCGAGCCGAGCAGGUGGGGAAGCCGCACCAGUGCUUUGAGUGCGGCAAGAGCUUCAGCCAGAAGGGGAACCUCAACAUCCAUAAGAAGACGCACACGGGCGAGAAGCCGUACCCCUGCUCCGAGUGCGGGAAGUGCUUUGUGACGAACUCUCGGCUACUUACGCACAAACGGGUGCACACGGGCGAGAAGCCGUACAACUGUUCGUACUGCGGCAACAACUUCAGCCAGCUGGCACACCUCGUGCAACACCAGCGCAGGCACACGGGGGAGAAGCCCUACAGCUGCCCCUACUGUGGCAAAAGCUUCAGCGUCAAGGCCAACCUCAUCACCCACCAGCGCACCCACACGGGGGAGAAGCCCUACGAGUGCUCCGAGUGCCCCAAAAGCUUCGUUUCAAGCUCCGACCUUAAGAAACAUAAACGGGUACACACGGGCCAGCUCUAUACUCCUGGAAUGAAGAUGGAGGAAGAGGAACCUUCUGCAGCCAAACCAGAAGACAGCUCAGUGGCAGAAGACAGAGGUGGCCAUGUUGUCCAGGUUGGGACUGUCUGUGAGUUUCUGACUGGGGAAGGCCCUCCACGAGUUAAGCAGGAGCCCGAGGAGGGGCUGCAGCAACGCUGGGAGAGCCAGGGGCAGGAUUUCCUAAAGACUGUAGAGUCACCCCCACGAGAGAGGAGCAGCUCCCAGCAGCCUGAUCCAUGGCCAGAGGAUGGCACAAUGGAAUGCCAGGUCUCCUUGAAGAGAGUCACUGACGUCACACAGGGGCCAGGAGGAGAGGGUACGGAUCGAACCCAUCUUGAUGUGUGUGGAGAGGCCCUUGAAAACCUGGACUUUUGUGUGAAAGUGAAGGAAGAGAUACUGGAGGAGGAGGAGGAAGAAGCUGACGUGGAGGACCAACGCCAGCACUUCCAUCAGUUUUGUUACCAGGAUGCUGACGGGCUGCAAGAGGCGCCAGGGGCCCUUGGUGUUGUGACUGUAAAAUCCCCAAAAUCGGAGGAAGAUCCUUUGGAGAUUGUAAAGUUGCAGCUCCCCCUGGAGGUCAAGCAGGAGUAUGACUGGGAGGCAAGCUCAGCGGAAUACGAUGGUCAGGUACUGAAGAACGAGGAAGAGACCUUUGAGCCAGAAAAACCUGGGGACAUGGAUGUCUGUGGCACGCCGCUGGAGAGAGCUGGAGGAAUGUUUUCCUGGGGGCCUGGAAUGGAAGAAAAGUCUGGAAGUCAACAGGGGGUAGACUGGCACUUGGGGAAGAGCGUAAAGCAAGGCUUCCUGUAUGGGGAAGGGGGCCAAAACUUUUAUGAAACGACCUUCCCUUUUAGGAAAAAGACGAGUUUCAACAGAGGACAGCAAUGUCACCUGGACAUUGAUCUACCUGAGGGUCAGCAAAUACGAGCAAAAGAUAAACUGCAUAAAUACACACACUGUGGAAAAAUCUCUAACAGCAGCAAAGCAUCCCUGCUUCCCCACGAGAGGACCCCCGCUGGAGGGAAAGCAUACAUCUGCUCCGAGUGCGGGAAAAGCUUCAGCUGGAGAACAAACCUUGUGAAACACAAGAGAAUCCACACGGGGGAAAAGCCGUACAAAUGCCCGAGUUGUGGCAAAAGCUUCAAUGCUAAAUCCACCCUGAUCAAACACGAGCGUUCGCACACGGGGGAGAAGCCGUAUGAGUGCACAGAGUGCGGAAAAGCCUUCGGUGAAAAGGGGAUACUUGUUAAGCACCUGAGAAUCCACACGGGAGAAAAGCCCCACAAAUGUUCAGACUGCGGCAAGAGCUUUAUCGAGAGGGGUGCCCUCAUUAAACACGAGAGGACCCACACAGGAGAGAAGCCCUACGAAUGCCCCGACUGCGGGAAAACCUUCAGGAUCAGCUGCCACCUUAAACUCCACAAGAGGACGCACACCGGCGAGAAGCCACACAAGUGCUCCGAUUGCGGCAAAAGCUUCAGCGAGAGAGCCUCUCUGGUGAAACACGAGAGAACCCACACGGGAGAGAAGCCGUACGAGUGCUCCGAGUGUGGGAAAAGCUUCAGGAUCAGCUUCCAGCUCGUGAUUCACAAAAGGACCCACACGGGCGAGAAACCACACGAGUGCUCUGACUGUGGCAACAGCUUCAGGGAGAUCGCCUCCCUUAUCAAACACAAGAGAACGCACACGGGAGAGAAGCCUUACAAGUGCACCGAGUGCGGGAAGAGCUUCAGGACUAGCUUCCAGCUGAAGACUCAUAGAAGGACGCACACAGGAGAGAAGCCGUAUCACUGCCUGGACUGCGGGCAAAACUUCAGCCAGAGAUCGCGCCUCGUCAUACACGAGAGGUCCCACACCGGGGAGAGACCGUACAGCUGCUCUGAGUGCGGGAAAAGCUUCAUCUCCAGCUCUCACCUUCGGAAACACACCAUCGUGCACACGGGAGAGAAGCCCCACCGAUGCUCGUACUGUGAAAAAAGCUUCAGUAAGAAAUCCAACCUUGUUGUGCACGAGAGGAUCCACACGGGAGAAAAGCCGUACGAGUGCUUGGUGUGCGAGAAAAGGUUUUGUAGCUCCUCUGUUUUUCAUAGGCACAUGAAAAUCCACCCAGGAGAGGCAUCCUAGGGAUAUUCAUGUCCUAGGGAAGAGUUUGCCAUAAAACCCAGAGAACGGAGGGGAACAUAAUGUCACUGGAAUGGGGUGAUAAUGGGAAGGGAAACGUGUUUCAUGAACUGUCUAAAUAGCCACCCAUGGGUUUGUUGUUGGUGGUGGUCUCUGUCUGUCUCGGCCACCUGCCUGUCUUGGAACAGUGGCCAUAGCUCAGUGGUAGAGUAUGUCUUGCAUGCAGCGGAACCAAGGUUCAUUCUCUAGUAUUUCCAGGUAGUUCUGGAAAUCUGUCUGAAUCCCUGGAAAGCUGCUGCCAGUCAGUGUGGACAAUACUAAGUUAGAUGGGCCAACGGUGAGUGAUUAGAAUCAUAGAGUUGGAAGAGACCACAAGGGCCAUCCAGUCCAACCCCCUGCCAAGCAGGAAACAUCAUCAAAGCAUUCUUGACAGAUGGCUGACAGAUUAGUGCAAUAAUACAGCUUCCUGUGUACAUGAUGCAUUUUCUUUCCCCCCUGUUAUGGAAUAAAUGUAUGUUUUGAGGAUGUCAUGUGAACAGCCAACAUCGUCUUACACAGAGUCUCAGUGUUUGCAGUUGAUCAUUGGCUCUGGGUCUGUAGCCUAACAGCUGUGGAGUGAUUUAGAUGGGAGAGGAGAACAUUUCAAAUUUCUGCAGUGGUAUCCUUGAAGACCUACAGCUGUUCUGAACUCCCUACAUAAUACCAGUCACUCCUCCCAGUCUGUGGUCAACAGCUAUUUUAAACCUUUACCUGUUCAGAUGUAACCGCCAGGGUUUUUCAUGUUGGCUGGGGGUAAUGGUGUAGAAUUGGAAAUUACAGUGCAGAAAACAUCCUUGGAACUCCAAACUGCACUGGAGCCUUCAUUAAGUUGGCGCCAUCCAGCUGGGCUGACUGGAGCUGAUGAGUUGUAGUCCAAAACAUCUGGCACUAGGUUGAAAAAGGCUGCUGUUUUGGAUACAGUGGUACCUUGGAAGUCAAACGGAAUCCGUUCUGGGUGUCUAUUCAACUUCCAAAACAUAUGGAAACCAAGGCGUGGCUUCCAAUUGGCUGCAGGAAGUUCCUGCAGCCAGUUAGAAGCUGCGGCAGCCGCAUCGGACAUUCGGGUUCCAAAGAAUGUUUGCAAACCGGAACACUCACUUCUGGAUUUGCGGCAUUUGGGAGCCAAAACGUUCAAGUCGCAAGGCGUUCGUCAACCAAGGUACGGCUGCAUUAGGGAAAACAUAUAGAAACAGGACAUUUGAAAUAACAUCUUCAGAAGUCUUUGUUUGAUGGGAGAAGUUGAGCCUCAUACACAACAUAUAUUUAAAGCACAUAAUUCCCCCAAAUAGUCCAGCUUACUCUCAAAAAGCUAAAGUUCCCAGCACCCUUGACAAACUAUAGUUCCCAGGAUUCUUUUGGGGGAGUCAUGCUCUUUAAAUGUAUGGUUGCGUAUGCAGUCUUUAAGUAUACAGUUCCUGCAUCUGUGACUCUGCAUCCUCCUCACAAAGAUGGCUUUUGUCUUUAAGGCAUCUCCCAUGACUCUCUGUUGGUCUUCAUACAUUAUAGGUAAAUCUACCUCUUCUGCAGGACUGGUGACCAAAGCUUUGCAACUGGCUUAAAAAUGAGCACCAGUCAUCUUAAAAACAUUUUUCAAUCCUGUCUGUGAGCAUAUAUAGUCACUGGAAUAAUUCUGUUCCAACGCAGAGGGAAAUAAGGUAUUUUUGUUAGAGUUUGGGAUCUAUAUUGCCGCAGAACGCAGAAAUAAAUACUUGGGUAAUGCUGUUGGUUGAAAGAACAAAGAAACAUAAGGUUUAAUACUGCUUGCAAACAAAGCCAUUCUGAGUACAAGCUUACAUUUGUCCAUCAUGGUUAACGAAAGGAAGAUCAAACACUAACUGAUUGAAGAAGAAUGAAGGAAAGCCUGGGAAAAUAACACUACAGGGAGUGACCUAAGGAAGAAAUAGUGAGGGAAGAACAGGCUGCCUCUCUACCACCUCAGUGGUUCAGAUAACUUAUUGCAUUUACUCUCAACCAUCUUAGGCAACAUAUAAAAAUGUUACAUUAAUACAAAAUUACUAAUAUAUCUAAAAUCAGUAUUAAUUCAUUUUCCUUUUGACACACCCUUCCUCUCAGCCUCUAGGUCAGGCACCCCCAGACUUAGCCCUCCAGAUGUUUUGGCCUACAACUCCCAUGAGCCCUAGCUAACAGAACCAGUGGUCAGGGAUGAUGGGAAUUGUAGUCCAAAACAUCUGGAGGGCCGAAGUUUGGGGAUGCCUGCUCUAGGUCCUCACCCAGAGUCCAAACAAAUUCUAUACUAUUUGCAUAUUUUAGGCUGUUUUUAUCCUUUUUUUAGUGUUCAGAUUUUGUAAGGUGCUUUUGAGUUUCAUUUUUUGAAAAAAGGAACAAAUACAUAAUAAUAAUAAUAAUAAUAAUAAUAAUAAUAAUAAUAAUAAUAAUGGAGCUCAGUGUUGUCUGCUCUUAACUGGCAGCAGUUCUCCAGGGUUCCAGACUCCUAGCCUUACCUGGAGAUAAUCAUCAUUAUCUUCAUUUAUUUGUAUGCUGCCUUUCCAUUUUUAAGCCAUGCUCAAUGUGGCUUGCAUCACCAAAGGAUUUACAUAAAUACAAAAACAUAAACAUAGUCAUAAGUGAAGGAAAACAUCUCAAUAAGCACCAGGGCUGGCCUAAGAUAUUUUGGCACUUGAGUCAAACCCCAAAAUGGGGCACCCCCUUUCCCCGCCAGGGUGGGUGAAGAUCCAUCAGGGACAAAGGUGGGGGGAGGGGAGAGAAAGAUCGACAUCGGGAUCUGCUGAUUAUGUUACAUAUUUCAUAUUGUAUUGUUUUAAUAUGUAUUCAUGAUGGGGCUUCUGCCUUUCUACAGAACCUUUUUUUCCACUGUAUGUACGGUAAAUAAACGGAUAAUUAUGAAAGAUCAUGGUGGUUUGAUCUAAGGUUUCAUUUCUAUUCCACCUUCCCUUUCAAAUUUUAUUCAUGCAUUAAAUUUGCAUUUCGUCCUUUAUCUCAGGGUGGUUCACAGCAUAAAAAUACAAGAUAAGAACACAAAAUGCAAAAUAAAAAGAAGAGCCAAACAAAUUGAUAACCCUCCUCGACCC